CGAGCUCAGACGGAGCAGAGACGCAGGAGGACUGAGGUGUGACGGCACCCUGCGGAGGACUCUGCACUCCGAGAGGUGGACACCAUGAACUACGUGGGGCAGCUGGCGGGCCAGGUGCUGGUGACAGUAAAGGAGCUUUACAAGGGCAUCAACCAGGCCACCCUGUCAGGCUGCAUCGAUGUGAUUGUGGUCCGACAGCCCGAUGGGACGUUUCAGUGCUCCCCUUUCCACGUGCGCUUUGGAAAACUGGGGGUGCUGCGCUCUAGGGAAAAAGUGAUUGACAUUGAGAUCAAUGGGGAACCAGUAGAACUACACAUGAAGCUUGGAGACAAUGGAGAGGCCUUCUUUGUCCAGGAGACAGAGCAGCACAAUGAGAUUGUCCCAGCCCACCUUGUGACCUCACCCAUCCCGACAGAAGAGGUCCUGUUCAGGAGCAGGGAGUCCAGAGCUGGGGGCUCAGCGGGGGAGAGUGGACAGCCGCAGGGAACAGAGGAGCCAGCGUCAGGCAGCCACCAGCCCAGCUCCAACACAGCAGGCAAGAAGAAGAAAAGACGCAAGAGGAAGCACAAGGCUGAUCCCCGUAAGGAGGAACAGACCACACCUGUGGGCGGAGAGCUGGAGAUCUAUGAGCUCAGUUCAGAUGAAGAGCACAACACACACAAUGGAAGAGCAUCAUCACUCUCCACGAAGGACAGCACGGAGCACAAGACACAUUCCCCCCUCACCGCCCUGGAAUGGGACAGCUACCCUUUCUCUGAUGGAGACUGGUCGCCGUCCACUACAAUUGACCUGACUGAACCCAUGUCACCUAAGAGUGACUCCGAGUUGAUGGUGAAGCCGACAGAGAGCAUGCUCAGGGCGGAGUCCCACAUGCAGUGGAGCUGGGGAGAAUUUCCAGAAUCUACCAGGGUCAGCAAGAAAGACAGAUCUGAACCAAAACCACUGACCAUCACACCCUCAGAGAGCACACAUUUCCGGGUCAUCCUCAGCUCAGAGGCCAUGGAGGCAGAGCCAAGAGAAAUGGAGCGAUCCAUGGACCCUGUUUGCACCAUCGUCAAGCCAGAGCCUCGGACCCCCAAAUCUGAUCUGUGCUCCUCCAAACCCCAGUCCCCCGCUGCCACACCAGAGCCCAGUUGCUGCAUGCACAGUACAGACAUUGAGCAACAUGAGCCAAACCCUUCAGUGUCCAGUAGCUUUAUAUCUGAGUCGUGUCCCAACCAGUCUGACCUCGGUACCAAACCUUUGCGUAAGACAAGGUGGACGUCCUCGCCACCCAGCCGCAGGGACAGCGGCUCUGCUACCUGUGGGGCCGACCACACGGCUGACGCCCAGUCCAAGAGGAGAGGUGUGAGGAAGAGGAGCCAGCAUCAGGGACCUGAAGAUAUCUACUUGGAUGACCUGAAUGCACUUGAACCUGAUGUUGUUGCUCGAUACUUUCCUAAAAGUGAGUCAGAGCAGGUUCCCAAGCACUGGGUGGAGGUGGGGAGGCGUUCUGGUUCCCAGUCGCCUCAGUCUGUGGGGAGCGCAGCAGCAGACAGUGGCACCGAGUGUCUGUCAGACUCUGCUGGCGACCUGCCUGAUGUCACCCUGUCGCUCUGUGGGGGCGUUGGCGAGAACUCAGAGAUUUCCAAAGAAAAAUUCAUGGAGCACAUCAUCACAUAUCAUGAAUUUGCUGAGAAUCCAGCAAUUAUCGACAAUCCCAAUUUGGUGGUUAAAAUUGCAAACAGAUAUUACAAUUGGACAUUGGCGGCGCCGUUGAUACUCAGCAUGCAGGCUUUUCAGAAGAACUUGCCAAAGGCCACGGAGGAGGCCUGGGUGAAGGAGAAAAUGCCAAAGAAGUCUGGGCGCUGGUGGUUCUGGAGAAAGAGCAGUGUGAAGCAGUCAUCAGAGACCAAGUUAGAGAGGCAGGAGUCCCUGACCAGAGAGAGCCCUGCCCUCCACGAGGCCCCACAAACACAGCAGCAAGCAGUCGAGUCCUCCAGCGAUGAUGAGUCUAAAGAGCUGAAUGCUGUGGCGUCUCCACUGGGGCUUACUGAGCGCGUGCAGACAGAAGGCCCAGUGCCGGCUCCAGGUCCAUCCUACAAGAAGUCCCUCCGCCUCUCAUCUGACCAAAUCGCCAGCCUUAAGUUGAGGGAGGGGCCUAAUGAUGUCACCUUCAGCAUUACCACUCAGUACCAGGGGACGUGCCGCUGCGUGGGCACCAUCUACCUGUGGAACUGGGACGACAAAGUUAUCAUCUCGGACAUCGAUGGCACCAUCACCAAAUCAGAUGUUUUUGGUCAGAUUCUACCUCAGCUUGGGAAAGACUGGACUCAUCAAGGAAUUGCUAAGCUUUACCACUCAGUGCACGAGAAUGGCUACAAGUUCCUGUACUGUUCGGCCCGAGCGAUUGGCAUGGCUGACAUGACCAGAGGCUAUCUGCACUGGGUGAACGACCGGGGAACCAUCCUGCCCCAGGGACCCCUCAUGCUGUCCCCUAGUAGCCUGUUCUCUGCCUUCCACAGGGAGAUAAUAGAGAAAAAACCUGAGAAGUUCAAGAUCGAAUGCCUGACAGACAUCAGGAACCUGUUCCACCCCAACACACAUCCCUUCUACGCUGCCUUUGGGAACAGAGAGAGUGAUGUGUUUACUUACAAGCACGUGGGUGUGCCGGUGUGCCGGAUAUUCACCGUGAACCCCAAGGGAGAGCUGAUCCAGGAGCAGGCUAAAGGCAACAAGACAUCGUACAGCCGGCUGAGCGAGCUGGUGGAGCAUGUUUUCCCUUUACGGAGUAAGGAACACAGUGCCACCUUCAGCUUCCCAGAAUUCAGCUCUUUCUGUUUCUGGAGACAGCCCAUCGCUGAGGUCUGUUUUGAGGAGCUGCUCUGAUUCGCACUGCAACCUGUCAUACUGUACGGCAUGAAGUACGUACUGAAACUAGCUUUGUUAUCAGCGACUACGAUUCAUCUUACUUGUGCUGGUACUAUGAUGAACAAUUUAACUUUUGAAUUCAGCACUUGAAAUCAACGUAAUCUGAAGCAAUAGUGGGUGUAUGCACUGACUUAUUACUUUUUUAUGUUGAUGUCAACCUGUCAAAACAAGUGGAAUAGUAAUAUGAUAAUUUGAGAUGUAUAUUCCAUCAUAGUGAAAAUGUCUGGGAUAUUUUUGUAUUUCUGUUUUUCUGAAAGAAUAUAGCAAGAUGUCAUCCUAGUUUGCGAUCAUUUUUCUGGGACUAUGUAACGCCCUUCACGAGCUUGGAGAGCAUCCUCAGUGCCAGACAGAGGGACACCUCGCUGAAGAACGGUGUAUUCGAAUGCAGUUUUCUAGCUUUCGGUACAUGAAAGUCGGAUGCCUGACAUAUGCCAGUUUUUAUUCAUUAUAUUUUGCACAAUCUUUAUUUGCAAGCUUGUGAAAUGAAAUGGUGAAGCACUUGUUUAGGCAGUGUACAUAAAGCGGACCCCUUUCUGGUGUCAAACAAAACACUGACUGUCGUGCCCCUGAACUUUGAGAUAAUCCUUAAAACAUAUGCCAUACUGUGGUAAAAUUCAAAAGAUACAUGGUAAUAUUUAGAGCAGCUAUGUAGUCUUCUCGUUAAGGCCUUAUUUAAUGUAUGGAAAUAUUGACUUUUUUUGCUUCAAAGCUUGAGGAUUUUGCACUAUUAGUCUAACAUGAAGUAAUGUGAAUUAAACUUUGUUUAAUGUACAGUGAAGAGAAAUGAGAUGAAGCGGCUGCCUGGUAGCAACAGCAGGACUGCAAUUAUAGUUCUCAAAAGUAAAGAAAGCACUUUCUGAACUGCAGAUGAUGUUGCUGUUCACACCUCUGCACACAAACAAAGUACUGUCCCAAACUUGAGUGAGUAACAUGAGUUAUAGCAAAUUUAAGCUGUUAUUAGUUUUCUGUCAGAUGAUUUUCAAAGCUCUUGAUGUUUUUUUUCUGGGUUUGCUGUUUUGAGAAUCUGUCUUGCCUCGUCUUUUUUUUUUUCUCCAGUUCACACUCCUGUAACAUUUGUACCUUUUGAUGUGUUCUUUCUAUGAAAGUGAUAUACUUUUGUGUGGCGACAACACACAUAAAAACUUGUGUCUGUGGCAUUUUCAAAGUAUUUGCAUAGUUAAGUGUUCAAUUUUCAAUCUUAAAUGCCUUGGCUGUUAAAACAUAAUCUCUAGACUGUUGUGAUGAUCUUGUAGUAAUGCAGUUUACAUUUGGGUGUAACAUGUUUAAAGUCUGUUCGAGAUGACUGUUUAAAGAACAGUAGUUUUUAAUUGGUGCGUUAACUGUUUGAUCUGCAUUGUGCUUGUUAGUGUGUGAGCACUCAGACAUCACUUAUUGAAGGUAAAAUUUUAUAGUUUGAUAAUUCUGAUCUACUUGAAACUACAUGAAGUCAUUUUGGAAAGUUACCUUAUGUAUAUACUAUUAGCGUUUACUGUAUAACGUAUAUUCAUAAUAAACAGUCCAAUAGUGCAUA